GGCAGCACUGCUCAGGUGGCGGAGGAAGCGGAUACUGUUGGAGAUCCAACAGUAUCCGCGGUGGGAAGUGUUCUGUUUUCAUCUGUCCCCGUGUUGAUGGAAACAAGUGGGCUACAGGACUGUGAAAAUAUUUUUAAAUAAGCUUUUAAGUUAAGCAUAGACCGUAAGUGGACAUGGGCGAUGGGUCUGGAGAUGACGAUCUGUUUGGCACUAUUCUUUUGGCGGACGAAAGGUUCCGAGGGGAGGGCUAUGAGCAGGGAUUUGAGAAAGGGACACGCCGAGGGCUGGAGGAUGGCCGCAGACAUGGAGCCCGUCACGGGGCCAAGCUGGCCGCGGAGGUUUCCUUCUAUUAUGGGUUUGCUGUCACAUGGAAAUGUCUCCUCCAACAUAACACAGAUGUCAAAGCAAGAAAGCGGACCAAAGCUCUGGAGACUCUCCUGGAUUUGAUACAGAACUCUGUUCAUGAUGACCCGCAGUCUGCAAGGCUACAGGAGGACAUGGAGAAGAUUCGGGCCAAGUUCAGACAGCAAACUACUUACCUCAGGGCUACUGAGGUCACGCCCCCAGCGUGCACUGUGCAGUCCUCAGUCACAUAUAAAGAUCAUUUCUGGAAUCCCACACACUACAGCAGGACUGCUGAAGCCACACCGCUGCAGUUGAGCCCAAGGACCACAUCCAUAGCUAGCUCUGAUGUGGACAUUGAGGAUGUUGAUGAGGUCCAGGAAGAAGAAAGCUGAAAGGAUUACAAUGAAAAAUGCAGAAACCAGAGACUCGAGAAACUUGAAAAAAUAAGUGCUUUCACUUUCCAUUUUUAAUGGGACUUUUACGUUAGGGUGAGAGGAAUCAUAGGGAAUAUGUUUAUUUUAUUCAACAUUCAUGCUUUGUUGUUGUUCAGUGUCAGAAUACAUUAACAUUCUACUCAGAAAUAAAUCUAAGUUAAAAAUGUCAGAUUUGCGUAGGGUUUGCGGGCAUGUCUGCUUAUGAACAAACAAAAUGUUUAUAUUUAUGUUUGUAUAAAAUGACCCCACAUUUUCAAUUCUCAUAUAUUCCUGUUAAUUCCCAUGGAAAGUUUCCAGAAACUUUCCACCCCUACCUGCAACUAAAUACAGCCCCUGAAGCUGCUGCUCCGCUGAGUGCUGCUCUCACUGUGCAACCUGUAUAGGCAUGGUCUUAGUCUCACUAUGAAUUCCUUGCAUACAAACUAGUAGAGCAGUUAAUGUGCACUAGCUAACCCUGUCU